AUAUUUUGAAUCCUUCGCCCCGUGAUAUUAUUCUGAGACCUCCUUUCUCAUCCCUCCUUACCCCCGCACGUCGUACAUACUACUGCUACUAAUACCAUCCGACAUUACCAGUAGUGAUCCAUAUCUCCUCCCAGUGAGUAGUAGUAGAGACGGUGAUGGCUUCUUACAAUCCAUUUUCCCGACAAGAGUCGCACGGAUCCUAUUCCCUGGGGUCUUAUCGUUUGCUGGUGCCUUUGUCGUGGUUACUGGUGGUGGUGGUCGGGAUCUACUAUACCAUCCAUGCCCCCGCCGAUGUCAAACACGGCCAUGGCAUCUUCAACCAGGCCAACCACCAUAUCACGCCUUUCAGCCAGAGCACAACGGUUACUGGGAUUUACUGGAUCCUUCUCCUCAUCUCCCAACUCAGUUAUGUCUACCAUCUUUUCCAUAAAGAUGCCUCGAUCGUGACGGCGACUGCCAACGUGGGUGCGCAUUUUAUUCUGAACAACCUGUUCAUCUUCGCCUGGAUCCUCCUCUGGACUCGGGGCCACUUCUGGGGUUCCGAGAUUAUCCUGAUGGCCCACUUGGUCAACCAGCAUACGGCUUACUGGAGACACCGUGCAUUGCCCCCGCUGGUUCAUUUGUCCGCAAUUGCGGGGCCCUUUGCCUGGACGCUAAUGGCGCUGUUCUGGAACGGUGCUGUCGCCGUGCAUAGCAACUCGUUGCCGGCGAGGAUCGUCGCCAAUAUCUUCAUCUGGGUGAUCUUCGUUAUCGGGACCACUCAUAUUACAGUGGGACAGGAUGAUCUCUUAGGUUACUGCUUGAGUUUCUUGUUUCUUGGACUGGCACUGAAACAAAUUGCCGUCAAAACCAUCGCCCUGCAGUGGAUUUUUGCCUUUGUAAUCUUCGCGGUCUUCCUGGCGGAGUCGCUCUAUAUCACGGGCACUAAAUAUACCGGCCGCGACGUUCUGUUUCGCAGACUCACCCACCCAGAAACUGCUGACCGGGAGCGCGAACCGUUGCUCAACGAGCAGUCAGGAGGAGCGGCGGCGGCGGCUUGAGGGUGGGUCACCCACCAAGCCCUUGUUUCCACGACGGUGCCGUCAGGCGUCACCUAAACCUGUACCCCAAAUUGACCUGUUUAGUUUUGUUCUGUUCGUCUUAAAUCAGGUGGAUGCGAUUGGAAUUGGACGAUGCACGGAGCCUUGAACCCCCACUCUUUUGUUCCACUUGAAUUUCAUGUACUCUGUUGUUGUGUCUUGUGCUGGAAAUUGAUCGUCUCCCAAACCAUUAAUAUUGUAAUAAUUGUCGGUGAAGGCUGGAUUGGUUUUUUGUGGAUUUCGCAAGAGGCUGUUUUUAUCUAUCUAUCUGUCCAUCUAUUUAUCUAUUUAUCUAUUUUAUUUAGUUGUGGUCACUGCCGCCGCUAAGGCAUAAAUUCAAUCUAAUCAGGUGCUCCACCCGUGA